CAUGGUCGCCACCCAGCCUGUGGUCAAGCCUGAGGCGGCCUCCCUCGCUGGUGGAGCCGUCUCCACCCCUGCGAUCCGAGCAACGACCGCUGGCGCCGGCGAGAGGUCUUCGGCUACCCCCCGCCCGGCGUCGCCGGUCCCCCUGGCCCCGCUUUCCACGGCUUCGGCAGCAACUGCGGCUUCAGCUGCCCCGGCUGCUUCGGCGGCCCCCGCUGCUUCGGCGGCCCCCACUAUUUCGGCAGCCCCCGCUGUUUCGACAGCCCCAGCGGCUCCGGCUGCACCGUGGCGACUCCGGCGUCUUCGGCGUUCCAGCCCAAGGCCCGCCGCGUCAAGGCCAAGCCGGUCCAGCUCACCAUGCGAGAGAGUAGCUCGGGCGAGGACUCGGGCUGGAGUUCCGCGGGAGCGCCUCGCCGCUCCCCAGAGCCAUCUUCAUCGGCGGGCGAUGGUGGGGCACGGCAGCAGGCCAAGCGCCACACGAACGGGACUCGUGGCAGUGGAGGCGGAUCGGGCUCAGGCUCAGACUGGAGUCUCACCCGGAAGCACGGCGCUCGGAAGGGAGCUUCUUCCAGGCAGGUAGUCCCGUCCCUUAUGGAUGCGACGUUGAGUGAUCGUUUCCUUUUACAUGAUGUUUUUUUUUCUCAGGCUUCGGCCCCCCCCUCAACUUCGGUUGUUGGUACGGUUUCGCCCCCCCCUGUUUCCUCGGACUCGGGGCUUUUGCGUCGAGUUGAGUUUUCGGACCUUCCCCCGCCUUUGGCUUCCCCCGUUUCUUCGGAACUCUUUGCACGUUCUGUCCCUUCUGCCGCAUUCAAUGCUCUAGACUCCGGACAUGGUUGAGUUUUCGAAUCCAGCCCCGGUUUCGACCGCCCCUGUUUCUUUGGAAACCUCUGCACCCCGUAGCCUUUCUACCGCUCGCCAUGUCGUGGAUCCACGACUGAUGCAGAACCAUGGGUUUUCGAACCUCAACCCCCCUUCGGCGCUUGUACCACCUGUGCCGGGUGUUUCGCGUAGUAUGUUGUCCUCAGAACAUGCUUCCACAGCUGCUUCGGUAGCCGUCGCCCCACCCCCUUCUGUUUCCGAUCAUCGUGCCUUGCCACUUUCUUCUAACACGGCACACACUCGUCAAGCAUCGAUCGAUGCGACUGAUGCAGCUGCUCGUAAUGCUCAUGUAGCUACAGUACAACGAGCGUACAUCACCCUCGACUUGAAAAAAGUUGAGAAUGUCGCUACCAUGCCCUUCUCCGCUACUCUGUUGCCGGGAGACGGCUAUCAGCAGCUUAUUCGCACAACAAGAACGGCUUUGUCCGAUAUUUUGCUGUUGUGUGAUGAGCAGAGUGAAGGUUUGACAGACACUGAUUUUGUGCGUGGAUGGGAACUUCCUCUCGAAAAAAAACUCUUGAGUGCGAUCACCCCUGACAGGCCUUCUACCGCCGAUCUCGUCCUUGCCAUUAUUGAUGACUUUCGGCUAAUGAAACGGAGCUUGGAUGGAGGAGCCCCUGGAGGACCAGACGCUUUCCAGAUACUGUUGCACCACCUGGCGGAGCAAUUUGACGUCGGAGACAGCCAAGAGUCGUUUUUGCAGCUGCAACAUUUUGGUGUAGCAGAUGGUACUCCUUUCGCGGAUUAUGUUCGGGCUUUUCCGAUUGUUGGUUUCGUCUGUGACUGGCUCUGAGCGUACUUUGGCCCCUAGUGUAUCCAUGGUUUUCGAAAUAGUGCGAAACUCGGUCGACAAGCAAUUUCCGAGUCUGUCUCCGCUUUUGUACCCGGGUGCUUUGGCCACUGCGGUCACUCCCUUUGAAUCAAUUGCAGUUAUGUGGGAGGCGUUCGCGAAUCUUCGUUCCACCACAUCACGGUGCACCGCGAUACAAUCCCUUUGACGGCAUUCGUGACGUCUUCCGGGCUUUUCGAGUGGUUGAAGAUGCCUCAAGGCAGUUCGGCUGCCCCUGGGUGGUUUUGCAAAGUUGUCAAUGAAGUCAUAAAAAAUCUCCGCGGUGUUGCAUCGUACAUGGAUAAUUUGAUCGUCUUUGAUGACACCCCUGCUUCUCAUGUUGGUACCAUGCGCGCCCUCUUUGAACGCUUGCGUACGCACAACUUGAAACUCACGCAUCCGAAAGCUACUGUUGGCGCUACUGAAGCAGACUUCCUCGGACACACCAUCUCCCCUGACGGCGUUAGGCCUAACGGUGCCAAGGUUUCGGCCCUCACCAAAUGCCUAUGCCCAAGGAUGUCAAGCAACUACGUUCCCUUCUCGGUGGUCUCAGCUACUACCGUAAGUUCCUCCCCAACAUGGCUAAACGCGUUCGACCUCUGACUACUCUACUCAAGAAGCAGGAGAAGCUUAUUUCCACCCCUUCCAUGGAGCAAGCCGUUCGCGUUUUAUUAGCUGAGUUGGCCAAUCCUCCUGUUGUGGUUUAUCCAGAUUGGGAUGCCGUUUCAGACGGCUCGCGACCUUUUCAUCUUUACUGUGAUGCGAGUCGCUGUGGUUUUGGUGGGACUCUCGAACAAGAACAGCCACAUGGUUCCAUUCGCC